AUGGAAAUUGACCCUGAACUCUACGGAUUGCGAAGGUCCCGACGUACAACUACAAUACAAAGUUAUAGAGUACCAUCAUCAUCUUCAGAAGAAGAAUCAGACUCCGAAUUAGAAUUGUCUAAUCCAAGAAAGAGAAAAAAGGGAAGCGUCAGUAAAAAGACAUCUCCACUUAAAAAAUCUAGAUUGAGAAGAUCUAAUGAUGAACAUUGGGAUGCGUCCGGUUCAAACGAUGAAAGCGGUUUUGAUUCAUCUUCUCAGUUGAGCAAAUCAAGCACAUCCUCUCCUGAUUCUAUCUCAGAUAACGAGUGGAAUAUGCCGAGCAAAACAUCAUCUAGGCAGAAGAAAAAGAAUUCUUUCAUUAACGCUAAAGACUUUGUUAUAGAAAAUCGAUACUCUCGACGUACUCGUACGGUAACAACCUAUAACGAAGAAGAGCUUGAUAAACAAUUGGGAUUAGAGGCCGAUGAUGAUGAUAUUCGAUAUGAAGAAGAUUAUCAACUUGAAGAAGCUAUUAUAAUGUUUGAAUUUUAUUCAACAGAAGAGAAUACGAUAGAGAGCAUACAUGAUAUCAGGAAAAUUGAAGGAAGAGAUCCCAAUGAACCGGAGGAUCCGAGGACGAAUAUGGAAUUCCUAAUCAAGUGGAAAGGAUGGAGUCAUAUGCACGAUACAUGGGAAACGUACGAAAAUCUUAAAGAACUAAAACUAAAAGGAUUUAAAAAGUUGGAGAACUAUAUCAAAAAUUACUUAGCUGACCAGCGGUUGUUAUCAGAGAGCCCUGAAGAUAAGGAAACGCUUGACGUGAAGAUGGAAAUGGCUCGUGAUGUGUUAAAGGAUUAUAAAACAGUAGAACGAAUAAUUGCAGAAAGAUCUAUAUCUCCAUCCUCAGAUAAUCCAUCACCAACCACGGAAUAUUUGUGCAAAUUUAAGCGUCUUCCUUACCAAGAUUGCACUUGGGAAAAGGCUUCAACAAUUCAAAAAGACUUUAAUUCUGAAAUCAUUUCCUUUAUCGACCGUAACCGUAGUUUGUUAGUUCCUCACCGAUCCAGGCCGUACAAAAGCCGUCCAACGUUUAAGCCUUUAACAACACAGCCAACUUAUUUAGUUGGCGGUGAGCUACGAGACUUUCAAUUAACUGGUUUAAAUUGGCUUGCUCAUUUAUGGUCAAGAAAUGAGAACGGCAUACUCGCUGAUGAAAUGGGUCUUGGAAAAACUAUUCAAACUAUUUCAUUCAUUUCAUAUUUGUAUCAUGACCAUGGUCAAUAUGGCCCUUUUUUGGUAGUAGUGCCACUAUCAACAAUUGGCUCGUGGCAAAAUGAAUUCCAGACCUGGGCAUCUGAUAUCAACGUCAUUAUAUAUAGUGGUCCUUCCCAGAGUCGUGAAGUAAUACGUGAACAUGAAUUUUAUAUCCCGUCUACAACCGGGAGUAAAAAACUAAAGUUCAAUGUCUUAAUUACCACAUAUGAAUUCAUUUUGAAAGAUCGACAGGAACUCGGCAGCAUUAAAUGGCAAUUCUUAGCGGUUGAUGAGGCACAUCGUUUGAAAAAUAGUGAAUCUCAGCUUCAUGAAGUCUUGCUAACAUUUAACACAGCAAAUCGGCUAUUAAUAACUGGUACUCCUUUACAGAAUUCUGUCAAGGAAUUGUGUGCAUUGGUAAAUUUUUUGAUGCCAGAGUUUGAAAUUACUGGUGAUAUCGACAUUGAUGCCCCUGAUGAGGAACAAGAAGCCAAAAUUCGUGAUCUUCAUAAACGCCUUGAGCCUUAUAUGCUUCGUCGCCUUAAAAAAGAUGUUGAAAAAUCAUUACCUCAAAAGACUGAAAGGAUUCUAAGAGUGGAAAUGUCAUCACUUCAAAUGCAUUAUUAUAAAAACAUUCUUACAAAGAACUUCGAUGUAUUAAACGAAGGUAUGACCGGAUCUUCUCAGAUGAGUCUUUUGAAUAUAGCUGCCGAAUUAAAAAAGGCAAGCAACCAUCCAUUUUUAUUCCCGAAUGCUGAAUCUUUAACCAUCAGAAAGGAAGAUCAAUUACGUGGAUUAAUAAAAAAUAGUGGGAAAAUGGUGCUUUUAGACAAAUUAUUAACUAGACUAAAAGAGUCCAACCAUCGUGUUUUAAUAUUUUCCCAGAUGGUUCGUUUAUUGGAUAUUUUAACUGAUUAUCUGAAAUUGAGAGGUUAUCAGCAUCAGCGUUUAGAUGGAAGUGUCCCUUCUGAAGCCCGUAAAAAGGCCAUAGAACAUUUUAACGCCCCGAAUUCACCAGAUUUUGUAUUCUUGCUAUCUACACGUGCGGGCGGCUUAGGAAUUAACCUUAAUACGGCUGAUACUGUGAUAAUAUUUGAUUCAGAUUGGAACCCACAAAAUGAUCUUCAGGCUAUGGCUCGAGCCCAUCGUAUUGGUCAGAAAAAUCAUGUCAAUGUAUAUCGGUUCGUGUCGAAAGAUACAAUCGAAGAAAGCAUUCUUGAACGUGCUAAACGCAAGAUGGUACUAGAAUACUGUAUCAUCAAACAGAUGGAUACUUCAGGAAAGAGUAUCUUGCAAAAGAGCUCAAAGAGUGCAAAAUCCUCAGAUAACUUCAGUAAGGAAGAAAUAUCUGCAAUUUUAAAAUUUGGUGCUCAAAAUAUAUUCAAAGAAUCAGAAAAUUCAAAGAAGCUUGAUGAUCUUGACUUAGACGAUAUUCUCGCUCGAGCAGAAACUCACGACACUGUUGGUGAUCAAACUAGUAGCAGCUUGGGUGGCGAAGAAUUCCUUAAACAAUUCCAAGUCGCAGAUUUUGGAGGUGGUGACAUAAGUUGGGAUGAUAUCAUCCCUCAAGAAGAAAGAGAUAAGUUCGCUAAGCUUAAUGCAGAAUCCAAUAUAGUUCAGGAGCCAGAGUAUAAGGUUGGAUUAAAGCGAAAUACAAGUUCUCAGGACAGUCGGCUAAAGAUUAUCGAUUCUAUCACUUCAGAUGAUGAUACGUCGCAUAAGAAGAAAUCUCGAAAGAAGAAAAAGUCACAGAUCAAAAGUAAAAAGAAUAGAGACUCUGACGAUGAUUCUGAUAUACGUCCUAAAAAGUCCAAAUCAUCCAGUAAAAAGUUUAUAAAUUCUGACGAUGACCAGCACAAAAAGAAACACAAUGGAGGGCGUAAAUAUGAAGAAUCAGACGAUGACAAGUUUUUGAAAAAGAAAUCUCAUAGUGAUCGUUCAAAAUAUGCUGAAUUGGAUGGUGACAGUGGACAUCGAAAAAAGAAAGCUAGUAGCAGUAAAAAGAAUGCAGAUUCAGAUGAAGACAGUCGCUCAAAAAGAAAAUCUAACGGUGGUCGUAAAAAAUAUUCAGAAUCUGAAGAAGAAAACCAAAAGAGAUUGUCUAUUAAAAAACCGAAAGUUUCGUCCUCGAGCAAAUCACGAGAUUUGUCAGUUAAAGAUAUUAGAGCGUUGUAUAAAAGCGUAUUAAAGUUUGGGGAUAUUCAUGUGCGCUAUGAGGAUGUUGUUAAUGAUGCCGAUUUGCAAGACAAGAGCAAGGAACAACUAUUUGAAGCUUACAAUUCGCUUUUUGCGGCUUGUGAAAAGGCUGUUAGAGAUUACGAGAUAGCAAAUGAUGCAAAUCCAAAUGGUCAACAAACUCGUUCAAUCCCAAAUCCUCGUAAUAAGGCAAUACAAGCCUCUUAUAAUGGGGUUGACAAGCUCAACGCCGGCUUGUUUAUUCAACGUAUUGCUGAAUUGCGUAGAUUGGAUAAAAUGAUGAAAGAUUUCUCGAGUCCUGAUAAGUUUAAGAUAUCAGUUUCCACAAAACCUGUUAACAAUUGGACCGUAUCAUGGGAUCAAAAAGAUGACGAAAUGUUAGUAGUUGGUAUAUAUAAACAUGGUUUUGGUAAUUGGAAAGCCAUCCGUGAGGAUCCACGGUUGGGUUUAACGGAUAAGCUUAUCGAUGAAGAAGUAGAUUCAUCGCAACGAAAUUCACAAACUGCCAAAAUCGUGCGUAGGGCCUAUUAUUUAUUAAAGAUGCUACACGAUUUGGAAGAGGAAGAGGAACAACAGAAAGGACGACGUUCCAAGAUACGUCCUAGUACACGUGAUGAUAGUCAUAGCGAACAAGUGCCGACUUCUACAUAUAAUAUUUCUUCUAAAGACAAAAAAGCAUUAAAGCGAGCUAAACGUGAAGAAGAUGAAUCGUCAAUCCCCGAUGACAGAGCUUGUAAAGAAUUAUUACGUCCGGAAUCAAGCCAAUACACCGGCAAAGAGAAGGCACGACUCAUUAAAGAGUCGCUCAAAGUCAUCGGUGCUAGAAUAGCUGAAAUCAUAUCCACGAGGCAUGCAUCAGAACGGUCAAAGUGGCAAUUCAAUUUAUGGCAGUUUGUGACGUAUUUUUGGCCUAAGGAUAAUAUCGGGCCAGAAAGAUUGAUAGAUAUUUAUCAAAACAAGGCAUCGUUUGAUGUAUUGUUUCCUUGUGAAAAAGCAAAAAUUGUAGAUGAAACUGUCCUAAAAUUAUUUGAUUUGAUGGACAUGAUUUCCCCUUU